AUGGAUGGACAAGGCCACAACAGACCGCCGCCACCCUCCGGCGACGUUCCCCAUUUGCCCAACUUCGCCGCCGACGCAGACCCCAAUCUCUAUCCCGAGCAGGUAGUGCAUCAACCACAGCCCGGUCGAUGCUACUGGGCCGAUCAAUACCGCGAGAUGGAGGAAACCACAGAUUUCGAGAAGCAAAGGAUCCCUUUAGGCACCAUCAAGAGGAUUAUGAUGGCUGACGAAGACGUGGAUAUAGUCUCCAACGAGGCGCCUGUGCUAUUGGCACGUGCCUGCGAGAUGUUCAUCCUCGAGCUCACCCACAAGGGAUGGGCUCACGCCGACCAGAGGUGUCGUCGGACUAUCAAAAAGGAAGAUAUCAUUGCUGCAGUGAACGAAACAGAUUAUUGUGACUUCCUUGUGCCUACAAUAACCACUGAGGAGCCCACGGAACCAGAUUCUUUUGAACUUGCUACUGGUCCGGCUGAUUUGCUGAGCUAG